AUGUCUUUCUCUAACGCAAACACUGGCGAUGCCCCCGCCGAUCCUUACAAGAAGGCAAACGCCGAGGAGGUUCCCCUCCAGACCAAGAUUGAGGAUCUCGUCCACUUCAUUACCAAGGAGAAGUUUGGCAUGAUGACCACCCGUGGCUCAGGCUCUGGUAACCUUGUAUCUCGCUGCAUGGCACUGGCUGCCACAGAGACUGGAGGCAUUGACCUUCUCUUCCACACCAACACGGAGUCUGGCAAGACCGACGACCUCGAUGCUGACCCUCACGUCAACGUUUCUUUCAUCAACGCCUCCGGAGAGUGGGCUUCCAUUGCUGGCAAUGCUAGUAUUAGCACGGAUCGAAGUCUUGUUUCCAAGCACUACAGCCCUACACUCAAGGCUUGGCUUGGUGAUCUCGGUGACGGUGUCCAUGAUGGUUCUGAGAAUGAUCCUCGUAUUGGAAUCAUCCGGGUCAAGACAGUAUCGGUCACCUAUUCUCUCGUUUCCAAGAACCUGCUGAGCCGCGCUGCCGACAUUGCUUCCAGCGCCGUCACUGGCAAGCCUGCUUCGCCCAACACAUUGAGGGAGAUUUCGGAAGGGGAUGUGCGAUCUUGGCGCGCUUCGCGAGAGUAA